AUGCUUCUGCCUUGGCUCACAGGAUUUGGGGCUGGAUUGCUCUUCCUGCACUUGGUGCAGAAACUUCUGUUCCCGUACUUCUGGGACGACUUGUGGUUCCUGCUGAAGGUGGUGCGCUAUGGAAUUCAGAUGACGAUAUACAAAAUGAGAGGGGAGCUGGUCACUGUGCUGGAUAAGUUCCUGAGCCACGCCAAGAGGCAACCCCAGAAAGCCUUCAUUAUUUAUGAAGGAGACGUUUACACCUACGAGGACGUAGACAAGAGGAGCAACAGAGUCGCCCAUGCCUUCCUGAACCACUCCUCACUGAAAAGGGGGGAUGUUGUGGCUCUGUUGAUGAGCAACGAGCCCGACUUCAUUCAUGUGUGGUUUGGCCUGGCUAAGCUGGGCUGCGUGGUGGCCUUCCUCAACUCCAACAUUCGCCUCAGUUCCCUCCUGCACUGCAUCAGCACCUGUGAGCCCGUGGCUGUGGUGGUUGGCGGAGAUUUGCUUGGAAGCAUAGAAGAAAUCCUUCCCAGCCUCCCCAAGCACAUUCGUGUUUGGGGAAUGAAGGAUUCUGUUCCACAAGGUGUGGUUUCACUUACAGAAAAGAUGAACUUGGCCUCUGAUGAGCCAGUGCCCACAAGCCAUCAUGUCGCCUCAAGCCUCAAGUCUACGUGCCUGUAUAUUUUUACCUCUGGAACAACAGGUCUGCCCAAAGCAGCUGUGAUUAGUCAGUUGCAGGUGUUGAAGGGAUCCUUUGGGCUGUGGGCUUUCGGCUGCACAGCUGACGACAUUAUUUAUAUAACCCUCCCUCUGUACCAUAGCUCAGGGGCUCUCCUUGGAAUUGGUGGGUGUGUUGAGUUAGGUGCUACGUGUGUGUUAAAGAAGAAAUUCUCUGCAAGCCAGUUUUGGAAUGAUUGCAAGAAGUACAACGUGACUGUGUUUCAGUACAUCGGAGAACUUUGCCGUUAUCUGUGCAAACAGCCUCAGAGAGAUGGGGAAAGGGACCAUCAGGUGCGUUUGGCAGUUGGAAACGGUAUGAGCAGUGAUGUGUGGAGACAGUUUUUGGACAGAUUCGGAGAUAUUAAAAUGUGCGAAUUCUAUGGCGCUACAGAAGGAAACAUCUGCUUCAUGAACCACACGGGGAAGAUUGGGUCAGUCGGGAGGACAAACUUCUUUUACAAGCUCUUUUUUGCUUUUGAGUUGAUAAAGUAUGACUUUCAAAAAGAUGAACCAAUGAGGAACGAACGAGGCUGGUGCCACCGUGUGCGAGAAGGAGAACCUGGACUUCUCAUCUCUCGCGUCAAUACGAAGAAUCCUUUCUUUGGCUACGCUGGCUCUUACAGGCACACGAAAAGCAAGCUGCUUUUUGAUGUUUUUAAGAAGGGAGAUGUUUACUUCAAUACAGGAGACCUCAUGGUCCAAGAUCACGAGAACUUCCUUUAUUUCUGGGACCGUAUUGGAGACACUUUCAGGUGGAAAGGAGAAAAUGUUGCGACCACAGAGGUUGCUGACGUGAUCGGGAGGCUGGACUUCAUACAGGAAGCAAAUGUAUAUGGUGUGUCUGUGCCGGGUUACGAAGGAAAAGCAGGGAUGGCUUCUAUUAUUCUUAAACCAAACAAGUCUUUAGACUUAGAGAAAAUGUACGACCAAGUUGUAACAUCUCUACCGGCUUAUGCCUGCCCACGGUUUUUAAGAAUUCAGGAGAAAAUGGCAACAACAGGGACAUUCAAGCUUCAGAAGAUACAAUUGGUGGAAGAAGGAUUUCAUCCGCUGAAGAUUUCUGACCCACUUUACUUUAUGGAUAACUUGAAUAAAGCUUACGUUCCAUUGACGGAAGAAAUUUAUAAUCAGAUAAUGUUAGAGGAGCUUAAACUUUGAAACCG